GACUUCCGUGGUUUCCUUCUUCCUUCCAAACUUCCCCCAACGACCCAUCCGUCCGUACAGUGCAUGGAGCCACGCAGUUUCCCAUAAAAAAAAAAAAAAAAAAAAAAUCGCCGGCAAAAUUUUGUCGACCACUAACGAAAUCGAUCGGCGGCUAGUUCCAACGGCGAGUGCUAGGGUUCCGGUGAGCUGUUUGGUUACCUUUUUAUUAGGGUGUACGAAAUGGCUUCCGAAGAUGUAGUUGGGAAGACGACGAGAGAGUCCGCGGUCUCCACCAUCGUCAACCUCGCUGAGGAGGCCAAACUCGCCAGUGAAGGAGUUAAAGCCCCUAGCCAUGCCUUACUCAGCGUCUGCAAGUCUCUCAUCGCUGGUGGAGUCGCCGGCGGAGUGUCACGCACCGCUGUUGCUCCAUUGGAAAGAUUAAAAAUUCUACUCCAGGUUCAAAAUCCUCACAGUAAAAAAUACAAUGGGACAGUUCAAGGCUUGAAAUAUAUAUGGAGAACCGAGGGCUUAAGAGGCCUGUUUAAGGGCAAUGGAACUAAUUGUGCCCGCAUUAUUCCAAACUCAGCAGUCAAGUUCUAUAGCUAUGAGCAAGCAUCUAAAGGUAUUCUAUUGCUCUACCGACACCAAUCUGGAAAUGAAGAGGCUCAGCUCACACCUCUUUUACGUCUUGGAGCUGGUGCAUGUGCUGGAAUUAUUGCCAUGUCAGCAACUUACCCAAUGGACUUGGUACGAGGUCGGCUGACUGUCCAGACAGAAAAGUCUCCUCGCCAGUAUAGGGGAAUAUUCCAUGCUCUUACAACUGUCCUUCGGGAAGAAGGUCCCCGGUCUUUAUACAAAGGCUGGUUACCUUCUGUCAUAGGAGUUGUUCCAUACGUGGGUUUGAAUUUUGCAGUAUAUGAAUCUUUGAAAGAAUAUUUAAUCAAAGCCAAACCUUUGGGACUUGUUGAGGACAAUGACCUGAGUGUGAUCACAAGGCUUGCAUGUGGAGCUGCUGCUGGAACUGUCGGCCAGACUGUUGCUUAUCCUCUUGAUGUUAUUCGGAGAAGAAUGCAGAUGGUGGGCUGGAAGGAUGCUGCUUCAGUUAUCACAGGUGAUGGAAGAAGCAAGGCACCCCUUGAAUAUAAUGGGAUGAUUGAUGCUUUUCGUAAAACUGUUCGGCACGAGGGAUUUGGAGCGCUGUACAAGGGAUUGAUCCCCAAUUCUGUGAAGGUGGUCCCAUCCAUAGCAAUCGCUUUCGUUACGUAUGAGUCGGUGAAGGACAUUCUUGGAGUUGAGAUGAGGAUAUCUGACUAAAGCAAGAAGAAACUCGAGCUAUUUUGUUAAUCUCACUGCUAAUUUUGCAUAUCGAGAUAGGGAAAGAAUAUUAGGAGAAGGUAUUACCAAUUAUUCUAUAUCCAGAAUGAAGGAAUUUUAGAAAUGCCCCUACACCUAUCUGUCUUCAUCAUCCAAACCCUUUUAACUUAGCUCUCCUAUUCUUAUGCUUUCGCAUUUUGGCAAUAAAGUAUAUUUCAGGAAAUGUUUGCACGAGAUGCAAUCUAAUACCCUUCUGUAGAAUACAAGUAAACCCUUAUAUUUAUGGCGACUGACAUAUAAAUAGGAUAUUAUACGUUUUGCAGGUUA